GUAGACAUUGCGAGUCCCGAGUUCUGGAUCCUGGGGUGAGGAGCCUUGGACGCUGCUGCCUUACAGGUGUGUGUGUGUGUGUGUCACCUUCGGAGCCGACACCCUCGCCCCAAUCACGAGCGGGUCCCUAGGAAAUCCACGCCCUCGGAAUGUUCGGAGCCAGUCUCUGAACCUUUGGGUUCCGCCCCCUGGGCACGCUCGCGGCGCUCUAGGGCACGCCCACAAACAUCGGACCACGCCCCGAAGCCCUGGCCACGCCCACCCCACAGGAAUCCGAAGCGGCCAUGGGGACACCCAGCACCCUAGAGGAGGGCUCCUUGCCGCCUCAGGUUCCGGAAUGCGCGGUCGAGGUCCAGCCUCAAGGGGUCGUGCAGCCUCAGGGGCACCCCGAGAAUCCCCAAGAGCACAAGGAGCCCGAGGUCCCAGCGGAGCUUCCAAGCUGCCAAGAAGCUGGGCGGCAGGAGGAAGAGGAAGAAGUGGAAGAAGGUAGCAGCACCGAGAGCUGCCGCGAAGAGCCCGAGGCUACGCUGGCCGCACAGAUUCCAGCCACACCUUCCCCAUGCCUUCCUGGGGAAGAGCUGCGGGGGGCGGCGCGGCGGCUGCGAGGACAGCAGCUGGAGGCACUAACACGCGUGGCUCUGAUGGAGCAGCGGGUGAAGGAGUUACAGCGUCAGAAGAAGGAAUUGAGGAUCGAGAUGGAGGUGGAAGUGGCCCUGCUCCGGGGUGAGCUGGCGGGAGAACGAGUGGCCGCUCGGCGGGAGGAAGAGCAGCUGCGGGAGUUGCUGGGUCAGCGGGUAGAGUCCCAGCAGAGCAGCCAAGAACAGCGGGAACAGGAGCAGAGGCAGCUGAGCCAGGAGCGGGAUCAUGUGGAAAAUCUUCGCCAGAGACUUAGGGAGGCCCAAGGACAUCUUGAUUCACAGCCAGAGGACCAGAGAGAGAGGCUCUCACAAGGGGUACAAGAGAUCAGAGAGCAGCUGGAUGCAGCCCAGCGUACCUAUGAGGAUCUGGAGUUCCAGCAGCUGGAGCGUGAGAGCCGCGUGGAGGAAGAACGGGAAAGCCCUGAUGUCCCAGCUCCAGACUCCAAGGUCCGGGAACUUCAGGCCAGUGUGGCUCAGCACAAGCGCCGCAUCCUGGUCUUGGAGGAACAGCUCAGGUCUCUGGGGGAGCAGAUGGCUGCAGAGAGCUGGGGACUGAGCAGGAAGAAGGAGGAGGCUGUUCAGGCUCUUACUCAGGAAAGGAGCCGCCUGUUUGAGCUCAAUUGCCUUCAGGGAACAUGUGGUGGGGACUUCUCUGAGCCUGACCAAGCACUCACCAAGCUGCUGUUCACACAGAAGACAGACCGCCAGCUGCUGGUGCUGCAGGACCCCAUUGCGCAUGCGGCCGCCAGCUCCACCUCUUCGUGUCUCUUCUCAGUGCACAGCUCCCUGCAGGGGUCUAUUGGUCUCCAGAGGACGGGAAGCCUGCCCCGGAGGAGGGGAGACAGAGCCAGCCAGAGGGGAUCCUCCCGACCUUUGUCUGUCCACUGUACAGGACCCCUGGAGGCCUCUGCUCUUACACAAGCUGUGGGGACCCCUGGGAGACACCCUCUCUAUCAGCUGCUCAACUGUGGCCCUGGGAAUAGAAACCCUGUGCUUCACCCAGACAUCGCACAUAUGGAGCGACUCCUGAAGCAGGCUGUGGCUGAGAGGGAACGGCUGCUCAAGGCCAGGGAAGGGAUGAAAAGGAGCCAAGAAAGUUCCACAGACCCUGCAGUUCCCGCCAUCAUGGCCCCACCACACCCUCCUGGUCCCCAGGACCUGGACCUCGCACAGCACCUGGAACGCUGGGGCCACAAUCCGGAAAGCUGCCCCCACUUGAGGGUGUCCGGGGGCUACUGUCGUGGGCCCCUGGUGAAGAUGGGCGGCCGUAUCAAAACGUGGAGGAAACGCUGGUUUUGCUUUGACCGGCAGGCGCGCCGUCUGGCUUACUACGCCGACAAGGAAGAGAGCAAGCUCAAAGGUGUCAUCUAUUUCCAGGCCAUUGAAGAAGUGUACUGUGACCACUUACGCUGUGCCUCCAAGAGCCCCAACCCCCUCCUGACCUUCUGUGUCAAGACCUACGAACGCCUUUUCUAUAUGGUGGCCCCCAACCCAGAAGCCAUGCGAAUUUGGAUGGUCGUCAUCGGGACAGCUGCGGACGAAAACCACGCCCCCUGACCCCCUAGCGGUCCCGCCCUCUGAGAAAGGAGGUUCCCCCGAGCUGCGCCCCUAGACGCACCUUCCGGCCUUUGAGGCCCCGCCCACUUCAGGAAACUCUCGGCCCCGCCCCUUUGGCCUUCUCCAGGGCGCUGCAGCCGCUCAGCCGCUCCAGCUCAGCGGGCCUGAGCCACGGAGGUCUGGGCUGCAGGUGGCUUCCAGGCGGCAUCGCCAGGCCCUGGGGGCCCCGCUUGGGGGCAGGAGGAAGAUUACAGGGGCGGAAGGAACUAUUUAUUGGUGCUCCUCCGAUACCGAAUUAAACGUGGUGAAAAAACAGG